GGGGAGGGAGUCGUGGUUUCCUCCGGAAGUGCCUGAGCGGCCUUCGCUGUGCGUCGCUCUACGACGGCCCCGCGUGAGGGACGCGAGUUGUAGGUCAUGGCACUGGCCGCGCGGCUCUGGCGCUUUGUGCCUUUGCCCCGUGGCGUCUUCCCGGGACCGCGGCUCUCGAGGGCUGUUGCUGGCGGCCGCGGACGUGGCUGUGGUCGGCGACUCCGAGGCCCUGAGGUGAUGGGAAAUCUGGGAGCUUUCAAAAGAAGCCUUUUAUUCUCAGCCUUACCUUAUUUGGGUUUUGAAGCAUAUCGACUAUUUUCCCAGGCUGCUGUGGUUCAUGCCACAGCCAAAGUUUUCGGAGUUGAAGAAAUUCUUGAACAAGCAGACUACCUAUAUGAGAGUGGAGAAACAGAAAAACUUUAUCAAUUGCUUACCCAAUAUAAGGAAAGUGAAGAUGCAGAGUUACUGUGGCGAUUGGCACGUGCAUCACGUGAUAUAGCUCAGCUUAGUGGAACCUCAGAAGAGGAGAAAAAACUCUUGGUCUAUGAAGCUCUAGAGUAUGCAAAAAGAGCACUAGAAAAAAAUGAAUCCAGUUUUGCAGCUCAUAAGUGGUAUGCAAUCUGUAUUAGUGAUGUUGGAGAUUAUGAAGGCAUCAAGGCUAAAAUUGCAAAUGCCUACAUUAUCAAGGAGCAUUUUGAGAAAGCAAUUGAACUGAAUCCAAAAGAUGCUACCUCAAUUCACCUUAUGGGUAUUUGGUGUUAUACAUUUGCUGAAAUGCCUUGGUAUCAAAGAAGAAUUGCUAAAAUGCUGUUUGCAACUCCUCCUAGUUCCACCUAUGAGGAGGCCUUAGGCUACUUUCACAGGGCAGAGCAAGUGGAUCCAAACUUCUACAGCAAAAACUUGCUUCUUUUAGGAAAGACAUAUUUGAAGUUACACAAUAAAAAGCUUGCUGCCUUCUGGCUAAUGAAAGCCAAGGACUAUCCAGCACACACAGAGGAGGAUAAACAGAUACAGACAGAAGCUGCCCAGUUGCUCACAGGUUUCAGUGACAAGAACUGAGAAUUUUUCAGAGAAGAAAGCACAUGAAAUAUCUAAGAAACAUUGCCUUUUCAUCAAAUUACAAAGUUAAUACAUAAACCAUAACUGUUCUAUAGCUGUUUCCUCAGUUCCUUUAAUGUGACCAUUUGACAGAUUAAAUAUACAAAAUUCUAAGUUUCUUCACAGACAAGACAAAAGAAAUAAUUACAGUUAAGAGUGGUAGAGACCUCUCCCUGGCUCAGAGGCAGAGAUAUUGCACAUUUAGGACACCAGCAGUACAAAGUGGUGUAGGAUUUCUAAGGAGGAUGGAUCACAUCAGAAUGGGAGAUCAAGAAAAGAGAACUUUGUGGAAGAGGUUUCAUUUGGGGAAUGCAUUGUCAAAUUGGACUGAUGCAAAGUUGAGAUCUUGCAGAGAAGGUGCAGUGAAAAUAGGUUAGGAUGUUGAGGGUUCUUGGUAUAAAGUAGUAAAAUGAUGGCUCUUGGAAACAACCUGUGUAAGGAAAAAACUUAAGUCAGGAGAGGACAGAAAAUGGAGUGAUUUUUUUAAUGGGACAUAGUCUCAUAAGUGGAGCACUGAUUUUGUCACCAGAUAAAGCCCAGAUUCUCUGCCCUAAUAUGGUGAUAGGAACACGGAACUCAAUGGUGAAAUAGAAAGUAAGAGGUUUUAAAUAGGCAGGACAGUAUUACUUGAGGCUGGGAUGCCACCACUGCAGAACUGUUGUAGAAAAAGGAUUGUCUUGGAUGUCACUUAGAUAAAUCAACAGUACAUUGCAUAGGUGGGUUUCCCCCAAAUGAUUUGACAGUUGUUAACAGUGAACUACACGGGUGUGGGCUGUUUCUGUGUCAUCAUGUAUAUUUUCAAACAAAAAGGAAAACUGAAAGUCCUGGACUCUAUAUACCCAUCUUCAAUUGCUAAUCUUGGGCUAUAUUUUACUGGUGUAUGUGUGUGUGUGUGUGUAUGUGCAUUUCUAAACUUUUGAAAUUUAUUAUAGGCAACAUACUUCCUCCCUAAAGACUUCACAUGUUAUCUCAAAAUAAGGACAUCCUUCAAAUAAACCCAUUAUCACAACAAAAAGUUAACAGUAAUUCUUUAAUAUCAUCUUACAAUAUCCAGCCAUAUUCAUAUUUUCUAAAAUAUCCUAGGAUGCCUUACAGUUUGGAAAAACCAGGCUCCAGUUAAUCACAUAUUGUAUUUGAUUUUCUGCCUUAGUUUUAAGAAAUCUAGAGCUGUUCUCCCAUUGUUUUUUUUUCUUACCCCAUCAUUCAUGGACUUUUUGAAGAGGCCAGUCCAGUUAUCUUAUUAGACUGUCCUUCAUUCCACAUUUGCCUUACCCUACUUUUGAGAACCACUGUUCCAUCUUAUAUUCCGUGACUUUAGUUAUAUGUAUAUUAGAUCUUCUUUGCCUGAUUGUUAAAUUAUUUCUCUGAUUUUUCUUUUUAUCUCUUUGGUUCAUUUUCUUGGCUCUUUCAAUUUGUUUUCCAUGUCCCUUAUUUUUGUUUUCUUCUUCAGAUUUUGUCUUCACUUCUGAGAUGUUUUUCUUCCAUUUUUAUUCCCAAUUUCAGUCAGCAAAGAUUUUGUUUAGUUUGUCCAGUUCUGAGAUUCUAAAUUUUUUUUAAAGAUUUUAUUUAUUUAUUAAUGAGAGACAUAGAGAGCGGCAGAGACACAGGUAGAGGGAGAAGCAGGCUUCAUGCAGGGAGCCAGAGCCCGCGCGGGACUUGAUCCUGGGUCUCCAGGAUCACUUCCUGGGCUGAAGGCAGCACUAAACUGCUAAGCCACCUGGGCUGCCCAGUUUCUAAAUUUCUAAUUUGGAUUUUUCUGGUAUCUGUAGUUAACUUACAUUUAAUUCAUAUUAGUAUAUUGUGUUAAUGUUUUUUGUAUUGAACAUUUUUUAUCUGAAAUUUUCUUUUUCAGUUUUCUCUUACAGUGACUUUUAAUAUUUUCUGGAGGUGUGACUGUGUAUGUGUGUUUGUUGUUACCAGUGGUACCAAGGAAUCAAAUGGGAGGUUAAGGGUUUGGAUGUGUUCAAGAAUAAUCUCUAUAAAGUAGUUUUUGUGAAAUGGUCUUUCAGUAAUAAAGCUAUCUUCUGAUAUUUCA